UAUGACCAGGUGGAUUGUAUUACUUUGUGUUUGUCUGUCCGUCACCUCGGCAACAUUCAACAAUUAUCAGCAAAUCAGCAGCUAUGAGGAGCACUCCUUUCUGGACCCUGAGGACACACUGAGUGUGAGCGUCCCACUGGAGCUGCCUCAGCGCCCUCUACUGGGCAGCACCUUGGUACUACCCUGCUACUUCCAGGAUCACACCGUCCACGACCCCGGCGCCCCCACCAUUGCCCCCCUGUCACACCGCAUCAAAUGGAGCCGCGUCACUAAGGAGCGUGUCUCUGUCAUCUUGGUGGCCAUGGACGGAGAGGUCAAGGUGGAGGAGGACUAUCUGGACCGGGUCCACAUGGUGGGCUACCCCCAGACCCCCACUGACGCCAGCAUCAAGAUCACAGAGUUGAGGUCCAACGACACCGGCACCUACCGAUGUGAGGUCCAGCACGGCAUCGAGGACAACCAUGACACUGUGGACGUCCUGGUUCAAGGUAUCGUGUUUCACUACCGGGCCAUCACGACACGCUACACUUUGACCUUUGAGAAGGCCAAGGCAGCCUGUGUCCAGAACAGUGCUGUGAUCGCGACCCCAGAGCAGCUCCAGGCCGCGUAUGAUGACGGCUUCCACCAGUGUGACGCCGGCUGGCUCUCCGACCAGACUGUCAGGUACCCAAUCCAUGAUCCACGUGAGAAUUGCUAUGGCGACAAAGACGAGUUCCCCGGGGUGCGAACUUACGGAGUGAGAGAUGUCAACGAGACUUACGACGUGUACUGUUUUGCCGAGAAGAUGACAGGCAGUGUGUUCUACUCUGGCUCUGUGGCUAAGUUCACCUACUCUGAGGCUGAGGAACAGUGUAGUAAGCAGGGGGCCCUGUUGGCCACCACAGGACAGCUGUACCUGGCCUGGCAGGCUGGUCUGGAUGUGUGCAAUGCAGGCUGGCUAGGAGACAGGAGCGUCCGCUACCCCAUCAAUGUCCGGAGGCCGCAGUGUGGAGGGGGUCUGCUGGGGGUACGGACCGUGUACCUCCACGUCAACCAGACGGGGUACCCCCUCCCCGAAUCCCGCUACGAUGCCUACUGCUACACAGAAACGGACGAGGAGGGCUCAGGCAUGGUGGUGCCCACCGAGGCGGGCAGCGGCGUGCUGAGCGUUGCCACGGUGACCCAGGGUCCUUCCGAGUUGUUCUACAGGAACAUGACCACAGAGAGCGAGGCGCUGGGUGAGGACCUGGCCACCCAGAAACCCACUAGCGUGGACUUCACCUUUGGCACUGAGCUGCCCCUGCCACAGCCGCCCAGUGUCACCGAGCUGCCCCUGCCACAGCCGCCCAGUGUCACCGAGCUGCUCCUACCACAGCCGCCCAGUGUCACCGAGUUGCACCUGCCACAGCCGCCCAGUGUCACCGAGCUGCCCCUGCCAAAGCCGCCCAGUGUCACCGAGCUGCCCCUGCCACAGCCGCCCAGUGUCACCGAGCUGCCCCUGCCACAGCCGCCCAGUGUCACCGAGCUGCCCCUGCCACAGCCGCCCAGUGUCACCGAGGAGUUGGUUGUGGAUGUGGUGGGGAGAGUAACGGCCAGGCCGGAUGUGGGGAGUGAGAUCAGCGAAGGGAGCGGAUCAGGAUAUUUAUUUUCUGCUACAGGCGUGGUGUUCCACUACCGUGCUGGAUCUAGCCACUACGCCUUCACCUUCGUAGAGGCCCAGCUGGCCUGUCAGAGUGUUGGAGCCUCCAUCGCCACCCCAGAGCAGCUCCAGGCUGCCUACGAAGCCGGCUACAACCAGUGUGAUGCAGGCUGGCUUCUGGAUCAGACCGUCAGGUAUCCCAUCGUGUCUCCUCUGGAAAAGUGCUCUGGGGAUCUGGAGACUUUACCGGGAGUGAGGUCCUAUGGACUGAGGCCCGCUGACGAACACUACGAUGUGUACUGCUACGUGGACAGACUCAGGGGUGAUGUGUUCCAUGCUGGCUCCAGUGAGGGCUUCACCUAUGACGGUGCUCUGUCUCACUGUCAGGAGCUGAACGCUACCCUUGCCUCUACUGGACAGCUCUACGCCGCCUGGAGACAAGGCUUGGAUAAGUGCCGCGCCGGUUGGCUAAUCGACCGGAGUGUCCGGUACCCCAUCACCAACCCCCGGGUGGCGUGUGGUGCAGGGAAGGCAGGGGUGUACACAGUAUACACCCACAACAAUCAGACGGGAUUCCCAGACUUGUAUUCCAGAUAUGACGCCUACUGCUUCAAAGUGGACAUCUUGCUCCUCGCCAAUGAAACUGGAUUGAACAUCACAGAGAUAGAAGAGUCUUUGGUUAACCUCACAUCCAUCACUGAUUUGCUGAGGCCUGUCCUGCCUUCCAUCACUCCUCCCAUCUCUGUGGAGUCCUCAGGCUCUGGUUCCGGGGCCUCUGGGGCGAGUGGAUUCUCCGUAGAUCUCUCUGGUGAUCACUCCGGUGAACUGCCUCAUUCCGGGGAUCUGUCCGGGUCAGGUGUUCUUUCAGGCAGCGGAAGCGCAGAGAUUCCCAGCGGAUCGUCUGGUCUGAGUAGUGAAGAUCCGUCCGGCUCGGGGCUGAGUGGAGACGGAUCGGGAAUAACGGUCACCUUCUCUUCAGGGAGUGGCAGCGUUUUAUCUGGUUUGGGCUCUGGGGGUCCUCAGGAGGCUGGAGAGGGAAUCACUGGGAUCCUCACCUUCCCCUCAGAAAUGGGAUUGGGACUGUUCAGUGGCAGUGGGUUGUCGGGAUGGGGAAGUGGCUCCGGUGUCAGUUCUGAGGAGAGCGGCUCUUCGUCUGACAGCUCCAGCAGCUCUGGGGAAAGUGGGGAGUUGUCUGGAAUGUCGUCCGGCUCCAGCUCUAAUUCCAGUGGGGAGUUGUCUGGAAUGUCGUCCGGCUCCAGCUCUAGUUCCAGUGGGGAGUUGUCUGGAAUGUCGUCCGGCUCCAGCUCUAGUUCCAGUGAGGAGUUUUCCGGAUUUCCCUCAGGAUUCUUUCCCUCAGGAGGCUCCAGUGGUCAUUCGGGAGAGGAGUCGGGAAGCGGAGACACUCAGGUCCUGCUGAUCGAUGGGAAACUGAUGGAGGUUUCCACCUCUCACAUACACAAAGAGAAGGAGCUGGGUGGAGGGGGCCUGGAAUUCAGCGGCUCCGGAUCUGGCAGCAGCGGCUCAGGGUUCUUCCCGAGUGUGACGUUCUUGGGGUCAGGGUUUACCGACCUUACGGGGUCAGCCUCAGGGGAACAGGAGGCCUCGGGAUCUCUCCACUAUGGCUCCGGAAGUGGUGAUAUCAGCGGUUCGGCCUCAGGCAGCAGCGGCUCAGGGUUCUUCCCGAGUGUGACCUUCUUGGGGUCAGGAUUUACUGACCUCACGGGGUCAGCCUCAGGGGAACAGGAGGCCUCGGGGUCUCUCCACUAUGGCUCCGGAAGCGGUGAUAUCAGCGGUUCGGCCUCAGGCAGCAGUGGCUCAGGGUUUUUCCCGGGUGUGACCUUCUUGGGGUCAGGGUUUACCGACCUCACAGGGUCAGCCUCAGGGGAACAGGAGGCCUCGGGGUCUCUCCACUACGGAUACGGAGCGGGAAGAGGUGGAUACGCAUCAGGGUUCGGAACGCCGGGCUUCCCAUCCGGGGACAUGUCUGGAAUCUCCAGAUCCUCCACCAGCGAUGAGGAGGACAGCGCUGUCACCUUCCUGACUAAUGACUUCAUGACAGAGGUUUCCAAGGCGACCACGGUUUCCAUGGAGCUGGGGGCUGGGCCAGUGCAGUUCAGUGGGCAGGGAAGCGGGUCCCACACAGGGAACGGUGCUGACCACCCAACCCAGGCCAGCGGUGUCUCAUCUGGGGCACACUCUGGAGAUCUGCUCCCUGUGGUGCUGUCCUCUCCGCCCAGCAACAGGGAGCUUAUGGAGGGCACAGAGGGGCCAGAGGAGGCCAUGGCUGGCGGGGCUGAGCUGGGGGAGACCACCAGCGAGUUUUACAUGACCUUUGCCCCCAACCUUGCUCCCGCCGGAUUGGCUGCCCCAGCCAUCUCCCUGCAGACCCAUGCCGUCAUGGAGGAGCCAUCCUCAGAGGAGGGUAUCCCUAACCCAUGUGACCCUAACCCGUGUGGUGCUGGGUCAUGCUCAGUGGAGGAUGGAGUUGGGCUGUGCCAGUGUCCGCCCGGGAAAGUGGGAGAAGGGUGCCAGUAUGAGGUUGAUGUGUGCCAUUCCAACCCUUGUGCCAAUGGAGCCACCUGUGUGGAAAAUGCAGACUCUUACACAUGCUUAUGCCUGCCCAGCUACGGAGGGGACCGCUGCGAGAUUGACGCGCAGGAUUGUGAGGAGGGGUGGACUAAGUUUCAGGGCAACUGUUACCUGCACUUCCCCGAGAGAGAGACCUGGCUGGAUGCCGAGCAGCGCUGCCGAGACCUCAGCGCUCACCUGGUCAGCAUCAUCACCCCAGAGGAACAGCACUUUGUCAACUCCAACGGCCAGGACUACCAGUGGAUUGGGCUCAAUGACAAGACAGUGGAGAAUGACUUCCGCUGGAUAGACGGCACACCACUGCAAUUUGAGAACUGGCGGCCGAACCAGCCAGAUAACUACUUUAACUCUGGAGAAGACUGUGUGGUGAUGAUCUGGCACGAGAACGGCCAAUGGAACGACGUUCCCUGCAACUACCACCUGCCCUUCACCUGCAAGACUGGCCCAGUCUACUGUGGCGCACCGCCAGAGGUGGAGAAUGCCAAGAUGUUCGGCAGCAGGCGGGAGCAGUAUACUGUGGGGUCCAUCAUCCGCUACCAGUGUAACCCAGGCCUCCUACAGCGCCACCUGCCUGUGGUGCGCUGCAUGGCAGACGGACAGUGGGAGAAGCCACAGGUGGAAUGUAUGGGCGUGCCCUCCCCCAGUAACAGAAUACAGCGCAGAUUGAUCAGAAGGCGAGGAGAAUCAACCAGCAGCAAACGUCACUAAGCAGAGAAGAUUAAGGGAGAUCUUUUGAAGAUAAUUAUUUUAUAAGAACAUUUACAGAACACAGAAGCCAUUUUCUAACUUACUAAAGAGGUUUGAAUGUUUGAAGUACCCACCUUGUACAUAAGACCAAAUCAACUUAGAGCAGUAACAUUGUCUUUUCAGUUUGUCACUCUCUGACUAUUUUUUAAAAAGUAUAAAUUAAGCCAUUAUGUAAUUGUAUGUUUUUGUCAUUCUUGUCCCAAAAUAAUGACAUGUUUUCAUUAUAUAUAAGAGUUGUUUAUUGUUUGGAGUUUUAUUGUUAUUAUUAUUAUUAAUAUAAUUUUUUGUUUUGGUGGAUUGGGAUGCCGUCGAUAAGGUGUGAGUUGUUGCUGAAAUACUUUGUCCAUGUCGCCAACUAGACUGGAUUAUGGAGACACGGUGUAGGGGGAAGUUUCCGCUAGACACUGAUCUUGGGUCAGUUUUACUUUUCCUCCACUAAUGGUUAAGACUAGGGUUGGUGGAGGGGAAGCUGAUCCUAACUCUGUACCUAGGAGAAACUUCACCCCGGAGCAUGUACUCAUAGACGGUGCAUCAAUCAGACUCUCUAGUCUGUUCUAGAUCUUUGCCAAACCAGACAGUGUGUGUUAGAAUGUACCACCCAGAGGUAAACACCCAAUCUGGAUCAGCCGGUAUUUAGUGGGGGUUUGGCACGUUGCUAUGAGCCAAGCAGAGGCUUGGUGAAAUUCACCCAUGAGGAGAUACUAGACAGUCAGAAGUAUGUUUGUAUUCUGGAGGUGCCUAUGUAAUAUACACUCACUAUGGGAGAUGGAUAUAGGUCUAAAAAUCCAUGAAGGACUGUGAAUUUGAUAGAAAAGUCUAUUGAGUUACUUUUGUGCGCUGUUAGCCUAGCGCUGUUAGCCUAGCGCUGUUAGCCUAGCUCUGUUAGCCUAGCCAUGUCCGGUUGUAUUAAUGAUGAGCAAGAUGAAGUAAAGGGGAUGAGAUCUCGUGCAUAUAUCCACCAAACAAGCAUUUAUGAGUCACCAAAUUGUCACCUAUCUUGAAAAUUGUAGAUGCUAAAGGGGAAAACAAUAUCUAUAUUUGUCAGAUGUCUUCAUACAUCAAAAGUGGUGUUGUGUCAAACGGAGAAAUCUUUUACGCUUCAAUUGCAAAUAUCAACACUUUUGAGGAAUAAAAAUGUCUGACGAGUUUUGAUUUAGGGGUGAACGAUCGCUUUCACCUUUUACUGCAGUGGGCUAAAUCAGGGUCACAUAAAUCUACUUUGAAACAAAAGUAUACACCUCACACACAUGGUUAUGGGCUUAAAAGAAAGAAGACACCAGUACCAUGUCACAUAUAGAGUUGAAAUGUAUUAAAUGUUGAGUUUGAAUCCCAAUAUUACACUUUAUAUACAUCACAGAAAACUGAAAUAUAACAAAACUGUUUGACAUAGAAAAAACUGAUUUGUUCAAAAUAAUGCUUAUUAAUUAUGAAAUUAUGAAAAAUAUGAAUAACAUUCCACCCAUGAGGCCACUAGGUCAUUUGACUGCAGGAAAGGGCUACGGGAGGGGAUAAUAAGGGAGAUAUUAUUUAUUUAAUCUCUAAGUCAUAAAGAGAAAGCUAGCGAAGCCGACACAGCAGGCUACUGUGUCCGUCUGUAUUUCAAACCUACAUCAGUUGUUUAGAGCAGAAGGGAGACAGAGUGCCUGAUGUGAAUAAUAUACAGCAAUGCUAGAAUCUCUGCCUGCCACACUGGAGAGGCAACAUCAUGCAAUCUACUGAGGCUGCCCUCAAAUAAGAGAGUGAAAGAGUACUCAACUUCUCAAACAAGAGAGAGAGGACUCAACUUCUCAAACAAGAGAGAGAGGACAUAACUUCUCAAACAAGAGAGAGAGGACUCAACUUCUCAAACAAGAGAGAGAGGACUCAACUUCUCAAACAAGAGAGAGCGGACUCAACUUCUCAAACAAGAGAGAGAGGACUCAACUUCUCAAACAAGAGAGAGAGGACUCAACUUCUCAAACAAGA